GGUGCACCAGUUGUGGCAAACAGCAUCGGGUGCUGAGCUACCACCAGAAAAUCUUCGGCGAUUACAAAAAGUGUGGGACGCCGCUUUAGUGAAGAAAACUUGCGAAGUUAUCAUGAACACGUUUGCGAAUGACAUAACCCACCGUGCGCGUUUGCUUGCAGUUGCUCAACCGGAAUCGGGGAAAUGGCUGAACGCUCUACCUACGCCUUCUCUUGGAACUUUGAUGUCGGAUGAGAGCUUCCGUGCAGCGGUCGGACUACGGAUCGGUGCGCCCCUCUGCAGUCCUCAUCUGUGCACUGACUGUCGCUUACCCGUGGACAAAUAUGGUCAUCAUGGACUGUCAUGUAAAAAGAGCGCAGGCCGUUUCAUACGGCAUUCGGCCUUGAAUGAAGUGAUCCGAAGAAGCUUAGUCACCGCCAAUAUACCGGCAGUACUUGAACCGCGAGGGACCAGUGACGUCGAUGAACGGCGGCCGGAUGGUGUAUCACAGCUGCCUUGGAGAAACGGACGACGGCUUGCUUGGGAUGUCACAUGCGUGGACUCGUUUGCCUUAUCUAAUGUCAUCAGUAGCAGUACCAAAGCCGGAGAAGCAGCAAGGAAGGCGGAAGAAGAAAAGCGCCGGAAGUACGACUACCUGGCCAAUGAGUACGACUUUGAACCUUUAGCUUUUGAGACUUCCGGUGUCACCGGCCCAGCAUGUCUGAAGUUCUUACGGGAACUGGGGAGGCGGUUAAAGGAUGCUACUGGAGAAGCACGCUCUUACGAGUUUUUGCUACAGCGUCUUAGCAUUGAAAUACAGAGAGGAAAUGCGCUGUCGAUAACGUCGACUGUUCCACGUUCGGACGGUCUUAAUGCUGUUUAUUUUGUUUUGUAA